ACAAGAGCGUCUGUACUUCUGCAUGUUCAACAUUGCUGUAAAUAUUCUUCAGAGACCUCUCAGAUUUCAUUUCAAAUACCUUCUCUAAAUCUUCCUUCAACACACUCGUGCUCAGAGAAGCUGCACAGAUAUCUUCAGCUCCAGUGGUUUGUGUGUUGUCUUCAGGACACACCCACAGUCAGGAGAACCUCAUAAAUAUUUAUGUCAGUGUCACUCUGUGGAGCCAGUAAUAUUUCAGUAUAUACCUGUAGAUCACAUGUGUGUUUUAGUGAAGUGAAAGGGUCAAAGAGCUCAGAUUGUGUUCCUGCUGCACAAGAGUGUCUGUACUUCUGCAUGUUCAACAUUGCUGUAAAUAUUCUUCAGAGACCUCUCAGAUUUCAUCUCAAAUACCUUCUCUAAAUCUUCCUUCAACACACUCGUGCUCAGAGAAGCUGCACAGAUAUCUUCAGCUCCAGUGGUUUGUGUGUUGUCUUCAGGACACGCCCACAGUCAUGAAUAUUCAUGUCAGUGUCACUCUGUGGAGCCAAUAAUAUUUCAGGAUAUACAUUCAGAGUCACAAAACUGAAAGUAAAGUUAAACCAGACCAUCCAGUUGAACAGGAAAAAAAGCUGCUGAAAAACAACAAGCUGACGAUCCAUAAAGAGGUGAUGGUCAGCGGCUGAUUGUUUCCUGAAAGCUCUGUUAAUGUCUGCAUUGGUGUUUUAGCUGCAGUAUGACAGAGGAGCGAGUAAAGGACUCUCUCUCAGAGAUACACAGGGUGAGAUCAAGAUCACGUGUGUCCAGCUCUGUGUUUCUAUUGAAUGACUGCUCAAAACUUCAUCAAAACAUUCGCUCAAAACAUCAUCUACCAGAUCUCAGUGAGGAAACACCAUCAUCAGCCAAAAGUGUGAGAUCAGGAUCAUGUGUGUCCAGCUCUGUGUCUCUGAAGAGUGACGUGUCAAUGGGUAAACCACCAAACCUCAGAGAGAAAACACCAUCAUCUGCUCAAAGUGUGAGAUCAGGAUCAUGUGUGUCCAGCUCUGUGUCUCUGAAGAGUGACAGGUCAAUGAGUAAACCUCCAGACCUCAGAGAGAAAACACCAUCAUCUGCUCAAAGUGUUGAAUAUGAGUUAGCAGCUUCAGGAGACGAGACUCACAGGAGACACAAGAGCUUCACAGACAAUCUCCAGUGGAUCUUCCAGAAUCUUGAGAGCAAAAUGAUCAGAUUUCUGAAGAAUGAACUGGGAAACUUUAAGAAAAUCUUACAGGAAGAAAACAGUCAAGAGUUUGUAAAGGACUAUAAUGAGAACAGAAGCAGAAUCACAGAAGCAGCUCUUGAUCUCACACUCUUCUUCCUGAGAAAGAUGAAGCAAGAUCAAGCUGCUGAUACACUUGAAGUCUGUCCAGCGUUCCUCGUGUCCUGUCAGAGUUGUGUGUGUCGUCAGGCUGUCUUCCCCGCAAGCCCUCUGGUGUGUGCAUUCGGUCUUCCUCAGUGUUUGUCAUCCAUCCUGUCCCAAAGAAGGAGUAUCAGCUCAACCGAACAUCACUCACUUCCCCAUAGUAAUCCUUUUGAGCUCCGCUGUUAAAAUAAACAUCAUUCAUUUUCUCACCUUGUUUGUCCGUCUGCUUCCCUAACAGAAGCCCGCACCUCUACACAAC